AUGUCUCUAGCAAUCAGAAAGAAAAGCUGGGAAGAACAUGUGACCCAGUGGAUGGGAUUGGCUUUGGAGACUGUGGAGUAUAAUACAGCAUGUCGUCACGGACUCACAGCUGAUAACUUGCAGACAAGUAUGGAAAAAGAUGAGGUUUUGAGCAUGGACCGGAAAGAAAAAUGUGUUUCGUUUCCAGAGUGCUGUUAUAGUGGAGAGCUAAUUGGCUUCCCUGCAAAGCCGCUGGGAAAUGUUUCAAAGGAGGUGGAUGAAAACGAUAACCAUGAGGAUGAGGAGCAUUUUCUGGAGGCCAGCACAGAAACUCUAGUCCAUGUGUCUGAUGAUGAAGAUGACUAUUCAACACUCAACCUGGAUAGUGUUAAUCACCAUCUCACUGCUGUAAGAAGAGAACAAAAAGAUGAAGAAAAGAGUUUAAAUGGAGCAGGCUCCUUAACACAGGUUGUACCAAUAACAGAGGGUAAUAGGGCAGCUGAAGCAUCUGGAAUAAUUGGAGAUAUAAGUAAGGAACCUGGUUGUGACAUAGUUCCUGAAGAGGAGAUGGAAGAUGAUGUUUGUGUCAGUAUUGGCCAAAGCCUGGAGCUUUGUAAUUAUGAAGGCGUUAAUGAAGUAGUAGAUGUAGAGAAAGAAAAUUGUUCUAAUUCUGCAAAUGUGAAAGAAAUUAUUAUGCCUGGGAAGCAGCUGCUUCAUACUGCUGUAAUUGCACAACAGCGCCGGAAAUCUGAUGCUUUUAAAGAUGAGCUUGGAAAGUCUGAGUGUAAUGUGGUAGAGAGUGGGAUUUCUUCUGAAUCAUGCACCAGCAGUGACAGACAACUAUGUUCAGUAGUGGAAUCCAGCAACUGCCUUAUGCAAUCUUCUCCUUGCUCCUGCAUCCCGGCAGUGGAAAAUGAUCUGGAUGAAAGUGGUUUCACAGAACCUCAAGUGGCCCCUGAAAACAAAUGCCUUUCAAAUGUCAGUUCAACAGAAGACAUUCAAUGUUUACAUGUAAGGAAUCAUCUGACCACACAAGAACAUUCAGACAGUCAAGUGAAAUUGCGCAAAAGAAAGAAUAUAAAAAUUCCAGUGAGACUAAUAAUGAGAAGAGCUAAGAAAGGAUGUAAGCAUAGAAAGGAGAAAAACCAGGAGUUACUUGAAGGAAAGUUGACAGUUAUGCAGCUGGAGCAACUGCAGACCCUCGUACACU